AUGUCUGUGGGUUUUCCCGUCGAUGGAUGGUCCCCGAGACCCGCCUUUGCUCUCGAUCAAACCCUCCAAGGCACCCAUUGCAAACUGGUACCUCUGUCUCUCGACUACUCAGAGGACCUGUUUCAGGCCUACCAAACGGCCCCCGACCAGGACUGGUGGUAUCUCCCCAUUGACAAGCCCAAAUCGACCGAUGAGCUCAAGGCAUACUUGCAGACACAUCUGGACUCAGAUCGAACGCCGUACGUGGUAAUCGAUAAUGCGACCGGCAAGCCCGUGGGGUCCUGUUGCACCUUCAGAGUGGACCAGAAUAACGGCACCAUGGAGAUCGGUUUCAUUGCCUGGAGCCCCAAGAUGCAGAGGACGCCUCUGUCGACCGAGGCGGUGUUUCUGCAGGCCCAGAACGCCUUCAACAAGGGCUACCGACGGGUAGAAUGGAAGUGCGACUCCUGCAACGAGCCCUCCAAGAAGGCAGCCAACAGGCUGGGAUUUACCUACGAGGGAACCUUCAGACAAGCCCAAGUGUACAAGGGAAGAAACAGAGACACUUCCUGGUUCUCGAUAAUUGAUAGCGAAUGGCCCGAGCUAGAGAAGGGCUUUGAAAAGUGGCUGAACAACGACAACUUUGACGAGAAUGGCAAGCAGAAAACACCGCUUCAUGAGGGCAACAGAAGUUGA